GGCCGCGCACGGUCCCGGCGCGCCCGGCGGCUGCGGGCGGGGGAGCGGCUCCAGCGGCCCGGGGAGGCCGAGAAAGGGAAGGGCGGCCAUGGACAGGUUCUCGUGGACCACCGGGCUGCUGGAGCUAGGGGAGACGCUGGUGGUCCAGCAGCGCGGCGUGCGCCUCAGCGACGGGGAGGAGAAGGUGAAAUUUGAUAGUGGAGUUUUACUGCUUAGCACACACAGACUGAUCUGGAGGGAUCAGAAGAAUCAUGAGUGCUGCAUUGCUGUACCUCUAUCUCAGAUCGUAUUUAUUGAAGAGCAAUCAUCCGGGAUAGGAAAAAGUGCUAAAAUAGUAGUUCAUCUUCAUCCUGCUUCUUCAAACAAAGAGCCUGGUCCAUUCCAAAGCAGCAAAUAUUCUUACAUCAAGCUUUCUUUCAAAGAACAUGGGCAGAUCGAGUUCUACAGACGAUUAUCAGAAGAAAUAACACAAAGGAGGUGGGAGAGCAUACCUACUGGUCAAGCCAUGCAAGUUAACAAGGAUACACAAGCAGGAAGAAUAAGAGCUGUAGGAAUUGUAGGGAUUGAAAGGAAAUUAGAGGAAAAAAGAAAAGAGACUGACAAAAACAUUUCCGAGGCUUUUGAGGACCUUAGCAAACUAAUGGAGAAGGCUAAGGAAAUGGUGGAGUUAUCCAAGUCAAUAGCUAAUAAGAUUAAAGAAAAACAGGGUGACAUCACUGAGGAUGAGACUAUUAGGUUCAAGUCCUAUCUCCUGAGUAUGGGUAUAGCUAAUCCAGUUACUAGGGAAACAUAUGGAUCUGGUACACAGUACCACAUGCAACUGGCAAAGCAACUAGCUGGAAUACUGCAGACACCAUUAGAGGAGCGAGGAGGGAUCAUGUCGCUCACAGAAGUGUACUGUCUGGUGAAUCGAGCACGAGGGUUAGAGUUGCUGUCACCAGAAGAUUUAGUAAAUGCUUGUAAAAUGCUGGAAUCACUGAAAUUGCCAAUAAGGCUUCGGAUAUUUGACAGUGGUGUGAUGGUGAUUGAACUCCAGUCUCAUAAUGAAGAGGAAAUGGUAGCUUCUGCUUUAGAAACAGUAUCUGAAAAGGGUUCUCUCACAGCUGAUGAGUUUGCUAAGUUGGUGGGGAUGUCUGUUCUCUUAGCCAAAGAAAGGCUUCUUCUUGCUGAAAAGAUGGGCCAUCUUUGCAGAGAUGAUUCAGUGGAAGGCUUGAGAUUCUACCCAAAUUUAUUUCUGACGCAAAGCUAAUGUCAUUUGUAUGCAAUUUUUUAUGUAACAGUUUAGAGCACAGGGCAGAAUCCUUCCAAGAACUGACUUAAACAUUUUAUUUUGUUAUCAACUGCAACAAACAUGAACAUUGCAAUGCUUUACAGUUCUCAGGUAUUUCAAGUGCUGAAUCCUCUAACAUGGAACUGAAAGGAAAUAGAAAUCACAAAGUCAGAAGCAUGUCAAUUGUCUCAAGCCAACUCACUCAUUUUUCACAUUUUAUUUGAUGUGCUCUAUAGUUUUUCAUUUCAAGAGAAGUCAAAUGGAGAUUCCACGCAAGUGAAAGUGGAGAGAAUAUCCCUGUAGUCUUCCAUGAGUGUCAGCACCCAGAAGACAGGUUACUGAAUACUCCAAUUUCAGUUUGUUUAUGUCUAGAGUAACAAAGCAGACAGCUGUAUCCGCAGCGAUAAGAAAAGUCACUUGAGUGUGUACCGAGGUAUAAGUAACAAACCAGUGUAGAAUAACCCCAUCUCCCUGAAGUGAUGAACAGUUUUCUAAGAGAGGAUCUUGGGGUUCUGUACUUUGAUAAAGAAAGAACUUGCUACUGCAGAGAUUAUUGUAUUUUAUGUGAAUCUAGAAAUCAUGGUGUUUAUUUUGUCAUAUCUUAUGCUAAUAUUUCAGAUAGAAACAUUGUUAGCACAGACUUCCUCCCUUCUCUUUCCUUGCCAUCUUCCUUCCUGUCAAUUUAUGUUGCACUUUGGGUGCCCUUUCUCUGUCCGCUCUAGGACAGUAGAGCAGCCUCUUGACACUCUUCCAGUCUCUGUGCUUUGAGGGGCUUGGUUUUUAUCUUGUUCUUCUUACAAAAGAUCAUUUGUUUGUUUCAUCAGCUGGUCACCUGUUUCAGGGAGGCAGUUCGUUUGCUUAUCUCUCAUAAUGUGAAAAUUAAUAUGCUUUCAGUAUUGAAUGGAGGAAGACGACUAUCACCCUGUGCUUAAUAAUCACAAGGUAUCAUAUUGUUUGAUAUUCCUCACCCUGUGUUCACACUGAAUGCAAUUUGAUAGCCUCAGUUGUCAUAACUCCAGUGGAGUUGCUACACUACUUGAAGAUCUGUUGUCAUGAUAAUAACACUUUAGUGGAUGUUUAUGAUCCACAUCACCUAAAUUUUUGGCAUUUUGAAGAGAUGAUUUUUAGUAAAUAACAAAAUUAUUCAAGGUAUGGGCUGGGACAACAUAUAGGUAACUGCAUUGUGGUUGUAAUGGCCAAAUCAGAAUUACAAA